ACUGUCGAUGAAAUAUGAAAUCAUAGUAUAAUAUUUCAUUGUUUUUUUAUUUGGACUAUUAUGACGUUAGCUCUUUGUAUUUUAAAUGUUGCGUAAUGUAGCAUUCCAAGUAGUAGGAUUUUUAGGUUAACUUCAUGAUAACAAUUUCGAACGAAACUAGAAGAAUUGGCAGACCGUUGGGUUAAAUUACCGAGAAACGAAUUGGAAAAAAAAACGAUAUCCAAUUGGGUUCCGAGACCUAAAUCCAUACAAGGAGGAGAUUUAUCGUUACCGAUCGGCCGAGCACUCUAACGGUGGCAUUCGAUACUAACCACGACAGUGCUACGUGCGAAGUCGCGACGAAGUAGUUUUGUACUCUGGUUCGGUCGUCGUUUCUCGUUUGCGUUCAUCCACUUACAAAAAUCAUCGCGUUUUCAGUGUACACAUUGUUUGGAGAAAGGGAAAUCGUUGCAGUCACAAUUAACAGUAUGUCGCUCCUCUUUGAAGGUAGUCUGUACCAUUCCACGUUAACGUAAUAGGAAAAGACGGUGUGUCGGAGGGCCAGGUUAUCUUCCUUGUCCAAGAAAAGUUUCGUCGGUGGACAAUGGCGCGGGAAUGUUGCGUUCCAGAAUCGACGUGUGCACGGCGUAGGUGAUGAUCGGUGUUUUUACAUGUGGUAUGGUGUUUAUAGUGAACAGGAAGAAUUACAUACCUUGCUGGAUUGACCAGCCCGACGUUUUUCGGAUACGAGCCGAGUCGUGAGCCGCCAUGAGGCGCAUUAGCGUUGGCGGCAUGAACCGGCCGUCCAAAGCAGUGACCCAGGCGAAGAAAGUGGCACCACCGGCUGUACCCGAUGUGUUUCGACAUUCAGGCUCCUCUUUUGGUUCCGCUGGAUAUGCAAGCAGCGAAGAUAGUUGUUUCCUGCCCGGAAGUGGAUCAGGCGGAACAGCGGACGAUGGCUCUUACGGGAUGCCAUCUGGAAAGAGUCCGGGACCUAUUUUCACUCAUACUGGCUUCGCCUUUCCACCAGUCGUGGGCAAAUAUGCUCAUGCUGAGGAUCAAGGAAUCGACAUGACUCAAAGCCCCGGUAGAGAUAGCCCAGGUAGUUCAGGAUCAGGUUCUGGCUCCAGGCAUUCUACCGCUUCGUUAGAUUCUGGUAGGGCCUCCGGUUAUCAUCUGGGUCCUAGAGGACCCGGUGCGCUUGCUUCGUCUCCCAGGUGUUCUAUAAGCUCGCUCGGCAGUCAUCCAGAUAGGCCAGCAGAUCUCGAUGUCGUUCAUGCUUGGUUGACUGAACUCCAGUUCGAGGAAUACUUUCAAUUAUUUGCUUCCGCUGGUUAUGAUCUUGCUACUAUAACGCGUAUGACGCCAGAAGAUCUGACGGCUAUAGGAAUUAAGAAGCCUAAUCACAGAAAACGUUUGAAAGCGGAAAUAGACAAUUUAAAUAUUGGAGAUGGAUUGCCAGAACAUAUUCCUGGUUCCUUAGAGGAGUGGCUUAGGCUUCUACGACUCGAAGAAUACCUCGGUGCUCUUCACCAACAGGGUAUGCGUUCGGUAGAAGACGUAACGACUCUUACUUGGGAGGAUCUUGAAGACAUUGGUAUUGUACGAUUGGGCCAUCAGAAGAAGUUAUUGUUGGCAAUUAAGAGAGUGAAAGAUAUUCGUGCCGGUAAACGUAUACAACCUUUAGAUCUUGCACGACUACCGCCGCAUCCUGGGCAAACACAGGACGUAGUUAUUCAACGAGGAGGUCCCGAUUUGCCGUCACCCGAUGAAGAUUGUUCAUCGCCUGUUUUGAGGUCCUUCCAGAGAGGAGGAAGCGAUACCACGUCCAACACUGCAUGGAGAAGUAUGUACGCUGCCUUGCCAGCUGAUUAUAAUAUUGUUGGACGUUCUGGUUCACGAGGAAAGUCCUUAGAAAGCUUAGAAGAUGCACCGCUUGGAUAUCCUCCAUCUCCAGCACCUUCUACGCACCCACAACCUAUUGAAUGGCGUCCACGCAGUUUCGAGGAUGGUGAUCUCACGCCUACAAACGACACUUCUAUUGUGGAAGCCGGUGGUGGAACUCUUCCACGUCCAAGACAUUGCCUUGUUCGUCCACGACCCAUAGCCAAGGUCACAGCAACUCCAGGGCAAUUCAAGUCACUACCAAGAGACUUCGAUAAUAAAUAUCAACUAACUUAUGGACUUGAAAGUAGUCCACAUCUUCCGAAGCGUUGUCCCCCAUCUCCUCCAAGACGCCAGAGUUCUAGAGAAAGUAGUUCUUCUGUCGUUGGUGUUGGUGGAUCGGGAGUUGGCGAUGUUGUAAUAGAUUGCAGCGGACCUGUACCAACUGCUUCUUGUGAGGAUCAUCAUAUACAUCAUCAUCAACAUCGUCACUUGCUUCAUCAUCCCUCACCUCCGCCACCAGCACCGGCACCAGCACCAUCAACUCCACCGCAAAUGAAUCGACCAUCUUCUUCCAUGUCUCGUUCUUGGGGUAGUGUUAGUGCUAAUGUGAACGAGGAACAUGAAUUAAUAGCGUCUCUCGCUUUGCAACAUCGUAAUGGUUCUGAUGCCAGCUUUAAGUCAAGUUCCAGUACAGAAUCUGAUUCAAUUCCUUUUGCAAAUGAAAACGCUGGGACGAUAAAGCAGAGGUCUGCACGAGCCCAAGAAUAUGCAAGUAACAACUCUAACAACAGUCUUCAGAGUCAUGUAAUAAGUCAUCAUUCCAGUGGUAGCGAACCUGCAGAUGUAUUGAACGACAUCGGAAAUAUGCUUGCAAAUCUCACUGAUGAACUUGAUGCCAUGCUCGAGGAAGAAAAACGUCAGGGUCUGAAUUCGUAAUCAUCAUUGUCUUCAUUAUCUUUUUUCACUUACGUUAAACAACGUUAUCACAAAGCAUAAAAUUUCGGCAAUAGAAGCGAUUAAUAGAAAUUGAUUUUCUACGCUGUGGCGUAUAUAGUAGAUCAUGCGCAAAUAAUAUUUGCAAAAUUAAAUAGAACGUAUCAUAUAUUAAUACGAAUUUUAAACUUUCCCGACUUCGCAACGAUCAUGUUAAAAUGAAAAUAUUCGGCGAUAGACAAACUUCCUACUACUUUUCAUUGCAUUAACCUACGACACACGUUAUAUUACACAAAAAGUAAUAUCCUGUUGUAAUUGUAUGAGUUAAUGUAGUGAAUCCCUCCACACUUUUAUGAUUUAAAUUUUAUCAGUUUUCUCUUAUUUCUUUCUUAAUUUUAUUUUUCCAUAGAAUCAAGCUUCUUAUUUUUCUAUCAAAAUAUUAUGAAGUUUCCAGAGACAUCUAAACGUUGCAUAAUCUUUGUGACCGUUGUAUUUCUUCAAAGUACUUAUUACGUUAUUCUUAUUCAAAUUCUUUUUCUUUUAGUCACACUGCUUGUAUCAAACGCGAUAUUGUGAUCACGAGUGAUUGCCUGCUUCAUAUGACGGGUAUUGGCAGCUGAGUUUUCGUGAUUUGACAAUAUAUACAUAGUUAUAUGGGAGAAAGUACAUUUAAAUAAAAAUACGUUUAAUAAGUAUGAUUAACAAUUAUGCCUUAAAAAUAAAACUACAAGCAACAUAAAUGUAGUUCAGGUCCAUACACUAAGCGUACAUUUUACAAUUACACAGCACAAAGACUGAUACUUCUUCUCUGGAAAUUUCAUUAAUAUCAACAUAUAUACAUUCCAGCUAAUAUAUUUCCUCUUCCACUUCCGUCCUUUGCUAAAACGAUAGCAUGUUAGAUCGGGACCUUCGUAACUGUUAGACAUUUUGAGGUUAGUAUGAUACGAAGAAGUAAAGUUCUGCAUCUCUUUUCCACAAUAAAGUACUUUGAAAAUAUAAUUCUUCCAAUACUGUCAAAGAAGGAUAUUACUGACUCAAAUUGUUUUGAUAAUGAAGCAUAAUUAUAUCUUUGUCUAUAUUAUGGUACAAUUUCUAUAAGAGUGUACGAUAGUUUAUAUGAAAAAAUUUACAUCUUCCAUUAUUUGAACUUCAAAAAAGUUCUCUUAAGACUGAGAACAAACCAACAUAAACAUUUGACUGCCAAUUGAAUUUUAAGAUAAUACAAUUUAAUACAGAAUCAUAUGCGCUGUAUGCCAAUUAACAUUUUAUAUUUAUUAUCCGUACUAAUAUAGUGAUGUAUGUAACUCGCUAUUGUUACAUGGUGCACAGAAGCAUGUGGAAGGUACACAACGUAUCCACAUAUACAUAUGAAAUCAAAGUAAUCGUAGUAGUGGAAUGUCGUCGAAACAAAGUGUUCGGAUACCCCUAAAUCCAAAUAUGAUGCUGAUAUGUACUGAGACUUGUGCAUAAAAUUUUAUGCAUAGACUUUAUUGUAGCAACGUGUGCGUGUGUGUGUAUCUGUGUACACACGCGCGCGUGCGGCGCGAUUACGUAUAUACAGAGUGUUCCAGUUGACAAUGGCCACAGAAGAACUUAAUAAAAACAAUUUUUUAUUACAAAUUGUUAAUUAUCUCCUUCAGUAGUGAUAUUAUGAAAAAAUGUUUUAUACGUAAUUUAAAUAAUUUUGAAAGGCCUUGCUAAGACCUUUUCUUUCAAGUGUCAUAUAUUCCAUAUUUUCAGAUUUUUUAAGAUACAGUUUACUGCAAAGAUCUGCGCAGGUAUCUUUUAAUAUGGAGACGCAUAUUUUUAUCAAGAAUCAUAAUUUCGAACAUUUAAAAAUCGUAUUAUUAAGCUUGAAUGCAUAUCGACGUUAAAUACAAUAUAUAAAAAAAUAUUUACUUUAUGUAAAAGAAAGUAUGUGACCUUCAAAUGCCUAGAAAACAAUCAAUUGCAUUAAAAUAUUUGUAUAUCAUAUUCGCAUUUUUAAACUAUUCAAAUCACGUGUGAAACAAAUUUCCAUAUUAUUAUAACUAAAGAGGAUAAUUACGAUGCCUGUGUGGAGUUGGACACCUUGUAUAUUUCUAUACACACAUUUGUAUGUGAUGAUCCCAGAUGUCAAUGUGCUCGAAUGUUCUUCAAGGUUUCAAGUGUUUGAAAUCUAUACAAUAUUCAUUCAUUCUUGCUAUCCUUUAUGUUAUCAUAUUUCUUCAAGAACAUUUUGCAAAUCUUUAUAACGCACUUUCAAGAAUAUUCUGUAUCUUUGGUUUGAAUACAAAUAUUUUAUCUUUCAGUUCAUAUAUCGACCAUCGGAUCCUCAUAUAUAAAUGCAUACAGUGUUACAGUGGGACAUUAUAGUAAUUAAAUGUUUUACAUUCUUUAAGUAGUAUGAACUUGUUGUUGUCUCUGUACGAAUCAGUUUCAUAAUUAAAACGUAAACAAAUGCA